GUCCUAAGUGUGAAGCUGACAGCAAAGCUGAGCCCUGAAGUCUUUGUUGCAGUCAGCCAGUGGGGAAGAGGAGCAGAGGCUUCUGAGUGGGGCUGAGCUGAGGUCUGGGGCCGUUCAUGCUUCCUUGGUCUUUGACAACUUGUUCUUCCCUGAGCCUCAAUUUUCCACUCUGAAAAUUGGGGAUAGUAACAGCACCUUCCCUACUAAUUGUGAAGACACCACAUAUAUGAUUUUAAUGCUAGAGACUGCCAAGUCAAGGCCUUAUUGUUUGGACAGAGAAUCUGGGGCUGGGAAGAUGGCUGUGACCUUAAGUGGUUGGCCUAGAAUCAGGGCUGGCUGUGCUGCUCCAAGAACACUGCUUCCUCCUAUCAAAUCCAGCCCUAGUCUCUGCCAGCACUUGGCUAGGAGGGUCUGAGCCCUUUAACAGUAGAGUUUAAUGAGCAUAAAUGUAGAAGUCCAUCUUCUCAGUGACCCUGUGAGGCAUAGACUGCUGCAAAUCCCCACUUUACAGAUAAGGAGACUGAGGCUCAGGCAAAUUUAAGUUACCUGCCCAAGACUACACAGCUAACGGUGGUGGAGCUGAGAUUCGAGUGCAGGUACAUUCAAGUCCACUUUCUUGAUUCCCUUUCCCUCUCUUAGGCUCCUCCAUGCCUCAGCUUCCCCAUCUCUAAAAUGGCAUGUCCUCCAGGUUCCCAGCUUAGAGGAUCCUUCCUCCGGCAGAACUGUGCUGAGUCCAAGGCCCAAAGGGUUAUAUAAACCCUCAUUUGCCCAGGAGGGUGUCUCAGCUUCCCCGUCUCCUGUCCCUCACACCACAGCAACUUGAGAUUUUUACACAGACGGGAACUGUGUGUGGGGUGGUGAGCGAGCAAGUGUGUGUGUUUGUGUGUGUGUGUGUGUGUGUGUGUGUGUGUGUGUGUUUGCAACAAAUAUUUUAUAAUAGACAAGCCUCGUCUGCCACUUCUAAAAGUAGUGAAAAAAAAAUACUUCGAGAAAGUAAAAAUAACCCAGAGCCUGAGUCACUGGAGUCAUUGAACUCAGCCAGAACUGGCUACUCUAGCUGUGAGUGCUUGGGCACACUGAAGGGCAGUGGGUCAGGGCCAGAAAUUUGGGGGUGGACACCUGGGCUUUUAGGGGAAAAGUCCCAGUGGUUAUUUUGCAGGUGAAAUGAUUGUCCAUCCACCGUUUUUUUCCCCACGCAUUAGGAAAUGUCUCCCUGAAAUGCUGUGUCUUCUUUCUCUUUUAAAAGUGACUUGACAAUUGAUAAUUUUGCCCUAGUGACGGGCACCUUAGAGCUUUUAUUUCUUAGAGGCCAAACAUUGAUGUUGUGUGAAAUGGGAGCUUGGUGGAGCUUUUGUGCGGAUCUCGAGCUUCCUGAAAAAUUUAUUUACUGUGACUGUGAUCCGCAGGAGCGAAUUGAUGUUUAUCUAUAGCCGUUCACGCCAGCAAAGAGGGGAAAAAUGCAUAACUGCACUUUCCUCGGAGGUCUUGCGAGGCUGUUUAAAUAAGUAUCUAAUAGUGAACUUUCAAUAGCAGACAGGCAGCUUGAUGGACAGGGUACAGUGUAUUAUUAACCAUAAGCAGGCUUAAUCUUUCCCCCAUGUUUUAGAAGAAGCUUUAUAACCUUCUGGCCAAGGAAUUCAUGAGAACCAGGUAUUUGAAGCUAAGCAAAAUUAUCCUGGCCGUUCCAGUGGCAGAAUCGAUAAUUCUGAGAGCCGCAUGAAGGAGGGGAACCAGAGGCUGCAGCUGGGCCCCGAGCAAGCAGCUCCGGCCACCUCCUUGUGGCCAGAAGGUCAGGAGAAGUUUACAGGGGCCUAGAGCUGGCAAGGGGAGGCAAGGAUCAUGCCGGGAGCCUGGUUUUCCUGCCAGAAGGAGCUUAAUUCCGUCGCUUCCGAGCUGUCUGCACGGCAGGAGGAGAGUGAACAUUCUCAUAAACAUUUAAUUGAACUCCGCCGGGAAUUUAAGAAAAAUGUACCUGAGGAAAUCAGAGAGAUGGUGGCUCCUGUAUUAAAAAGCUUCCAAGCUGAGGUGGUGGCCCUUAGUAAGAGAAGUCAGGAGGCCGAGGCAGCUUUCCUGAGCGUUUACAAGCAAUUAAUUGAAGCACCAGACCCUGUGCCUGUGUUUGAGGCAGCGCGUGGCCUAGACGACAGACUGCAGCCCCCCAGCUUCGACCCCAGCGGGCAGCCGCGGCGAGACCUCCACACUUCGUGGAAGAGGCACCCCGAGCUCCUUGGCCCUAAAGAGCAGAGAGAGGGGACGUCUCCGGCCGGACCCACGCUGACUGAGGGGAGCCGCCUCCCAGGCAUUCCCGGCAAAGCCCUCCUGACAGAAACUUUGCUGCAGAGAAAUGAGGCAGAGAAACAAAAGGGCCUUCAAGAAGUACAAAUCACUUUGGCAGCCAGACUGGGGGAGGCAGAGGAAAAGAUCAAAGUCCUACAUUCAGCGUUAAAGGCCACACAGACAGAGCUGUUGGAACUGCGGCGGAAAUACGAUGAGGAGGCAGCAUCCAAGGCAGAUGAAGUCGGCCUGAUCAUGACCAACUUGGAGAAGGCUAAUCAGCGAGCUGAGGCUGCCCAGCGGGAGGUAGAAAGUCUUCGAGAACAACUCGCCUCAGUCAACAGCUCUAUCCGCCUGGCCUGCUGCUCCCCCCAGGGACCCAGUGGGGAUAAGGUGAACUUUGCGCUGUGCUCAGGCCCCCGGCUUGAGGCUGCCCUGGCCUCCAAGGAUCGGGAGAUCCUGCGGCUGCUGAAGGAUGUGCAGCACCUCCAGAAUUCUCUGCAGGAACUGGAGGAGACCUCUGCCAACCAGAUUGCGGACCUGGAGCGGCAGCUCACGGCCAAGUCCGAAGCCAUAGAGAAGCUGGAAGAGAAGCUCCAGGCACAGUCUGACUAUGAAGAAAUUAAAACAGAGCUGAGCAUCCUGAAAGCCAUGAAGCUGGCCUCUAGCACCUGCAGCCUCCCGCAGCCCAGCUUCUUGUCUCCUCAGGGCAUGUCCAAGCCCGAAGACUCGUUGCUCAUGGCAAAGGAGGCCUUCUUCCCCACGCAGAAAUUCCUUCUGGAAAAGCCUGGUCUUCUGACCAGCCCUGAGGAGGACCCUUCAGAGGAUGAUUCCAUCAAGGACUCCUUGGGCACAGAGCAGUCCUACCCAUCGCCUCCACAGCUCCCGCCACCGCCAGGGCCUGAAGACCCCCUGUCCCCCAGCCCUGGGCAGCCCCUGCUGGGCCCUGGCCUGGGCCCCGAUGGCCCAAGGACUUUCUCAUUGUCCCCCUUCCCCAGCCUGGCUUCUGGGGACAGACUGGCAGGGGACACACUGCUGUCCAAACAUAUGAUGCCCCCGGCCACCUUCAAGGGGGAGGCGGGUGGCCUGCUGGUGUUCCCCCCAGCCUUCUAUGGCACCAAGCCGCCCACGGCCCCUGCCACCCCAGCUCCUGGCCCUGAGCCACCCGGGGCCCCCGAGCCUGUAGAUGGGGGUGGGGGCAGCACAGCUGGGGCAGGGGCCGGAACCGAGGAGGAGCAGCUGGACACGGCGGAGAUUGCAUUCCAGGUGAAGGAGCAGCUGCUCAAACACAACAUCGGGCAGCGGGUGUUUGGCCACUAUGUGCUGGGGCUGUCACAGGGCUCGGUCAGCGAGAUCCUGGCCCGGCCCAAGCCCUGGCGCAAGCUCACAGUGAAGGGCAAGGAGCCCUUCAUCAAGAUGAAGCAGUUCCUGUCGGAUGAGCAGAACGUGCUGGCUCUGAGGACCAUCCAGGUGCGGCAGCGAGGCAGUAUCACCCCAAGAAUCCGCACACCAGAGACAGGCUCAGAUGACGCCAUCAAGAGCAUCCUGGAACAGGCCAAGAAAGAGAUCGAGUCCCAGAAAGGGGGUGAGUCCAAGAACUCCACGGCCCCACUGGGCAUCACCAACGGCACAGCCCCCGCCAGCACCUCGGAAGAUGCCAUCAAGAACAUUCUGGAGCAAGCGCGCCGCGAGAUGCAGGCGCAACAGCAGGCCCUGCUGGAGAUGGAGGCCGGCCCCCGGGGCCGCUCGGUGCCUCCCUCGCCCCCAGAGCGGCCCUCGCUGGCCACUGCGAGCCAGAAUGGGGCUCCGACCUAUGUCAAGCAGGAGGACAGCAGCGGUGGUGGUGGUGGCGGCGGGGGAACCAGCAGCAGCGCCACACAGACCUCCCUCACGGUCUUGUCCCCUGCUGCCUUCGUGCAGAGCAUCAUCCGGAAGGUCAAGUCGGAGAUUGGCGACGCCGGCUACUUCGACCACCACUGGGCCUCGGACCGUGGCCUGCUCAGCCGCCCCUACACCUCUGUCUCACCCUCCCUCUCCUCCUCCUCCUCCGGCUACUCCGGACAGCCCAACGGGCGGGCCUGGCCCCGUGGGGACGAGGCCCCCACGGCCCCCGAGGACGAAGCGGCGGGGGGCGAGGAUGAGCCUCCCAGAGUGGGCGAGCUGAAGGCCGAAGGUGGCGUCCCCGAGGCGGGCAGCGGUGGGCGGCUGGCCUACUACCCGGCGUACGUGCCCCGCACACUGAAGCCUACCGUGCCGCCCCUGACCCCCGAGCAGUACGAGCUUUACAUGUACCGGGAGGUGGAUACACUGGAGCUGACGCGCCAGGUCAAAGAGAAGCUGGCCAAGAAUGGGAUCUGCCAGAGGAUCUUCGGGGAGAAGGUGCUGGGCCUGUCACAGGGCAGUGUGAGCGACAUGCUGUCCCGGCCGAAGCCGUGGAGCAAGCUGACACAGAAGGGGCGAGAGCCCUUCAUCCGCAUGCAGCUGUGGCUCUCAGACCAGCUCGGCCAGGCCAUCAGCCAGCAGCCCAGCGCCUCUCAGGCCAGUCCCACGGAACCGAGGUCCUCGCCGUCCCCACCCCCUAGCCCCACGGAGCCGGAGAGGAGCUCCCAGGAGCCCUUGAGCCUGGCACUGGAGGGCAGCAAGGAGAACCAGCAGCCGGAGGGACGCUCCAGCUCCUCGCUGGGGGGGAAGGUGUACUCGGGCAGCCAGGCCACGGGGGGCAUCCAGGAGAUUGUGGCCAUGUCCCCCGAGCUGGACACAUACUCCAUCACCAAGAGAGUCAAAGAGGUCCUCACAGACAACAAUCUAGGGCAGCGGCUGUUUGGGGAGAGCAUCCUGGGACUGACGCAGGGCUCCGUGUCUGACCUGCUGUCCCGGCCCAAACCCUGGCACAAGCUGAGCCUGAAGGGACGGGAGCCCUUUGUGCGCAUGCAGCUGUGGCUCAAUGACCCCCAUAAUGUGGAGAAGCUGAGGGACAUGAAGAAGCUGGAGAAGAAAGCCUACCUCAAGCGCAGGUACGGCCUCAUUAGCACCGGCUCCGACAGCGAGUCUCCAGCCACCCGCUCCGAGUGCCCCAGCCCCUGCCUGCAGCCCCAGGACCUGAGCCUCCUGCAAAUCAAGAAGCCCCGAGUGGUGCUGGCGCCCGAGGAGAAGGAGGCGCUGAAGAAGGCCUACCAGCUGGAGCCCUACCCCUCCCAGCAGACCAUCGAGCUCCUCUCCUUCCAGCUCAACCUCAAGACCAACACCGUCAUCAACUGGUUCCACAACUACAGGUCCCGGAUGCGCCGGGAGAUGUUGGUGGAGGGGACCCAAGACGAACCAGACCUCGACCCCAGUGGGGGUCCCGGCGUCCUGCCACCAGGCCACUCCCGCCCAGACCCUACCCCACAGAGCCCUGACUCUGAGGCUGAGGACCAGAAGCCUCCUGUGAAGGAGCUGGAGCCUCAGGAGGGCUCUGAGGAGCGCGUCAUACCCCCGACCACCCAGGACAAGGCCCAGGUGAGGAUUAAGCAGGAACAGACUGAGGAGGAUGCAGAGGAAGAGGCGGGAAACCAGCUCCGGGACCCAGGGGAGCCAGACGAAGGCCAAGGUUCCCCCAAAGAGGCGCAUCCCGACCAUCCGGGUAAUGACAGACUCCCGAAAGUGGCCCCAGGGCUCCUCCUUCCAGGCGGGACCACUCCAGACUGCCCCUCACUGCAGCCCCCCCAGGAGAGCGAGGGUGGGGAGCGGCUACACCCGGACCCUCUGAGUUUUAAGUCGGUCUCCGAGUCCUCGCGCUGCAGCCUGGAGGUGUCGCUGAACUCACCCUCAGCCGCCUCCUCACCGGGCCUCAUGAUGUCCGUGUCACCUGUCCCCUCCUCCUCAGCCCCCAUCUCCCCAUCCCCACCCGGCGCCCCUCCCGCCAAAGUGCCGAGCGCCAGCCCCACUGCCGACACGGCUGGGGCCCUGCACCCCAGCGCCAAGGUGAACCCCAACUUGCAGCGGCGACACGAGAAGAUGGCCAACCUGAACAGCAUCAUCUACCGGCUAGAGAGGGCCGCCAAUCGGGAGGAGGCCUUGGAGUGGGAGUUCUGAAGGCGGCCGGGCGCACGAGGGCAGGGGGCACACGGGGGGCCGCCCUUCCCUCUCUCACUCGCUCUGCCAGGCAGGGUGGAGGAAGGAAGGGAGGAACUCGACCAUCAAAAUGUGGGCAGCAGUGUGAUGCAGUUUACGUUUUCUGUCGUAACCCUAGUUCUGGGACGCGGCGCAGGAGCGGGUGGGGCGUGUGCCACCACCGCCUCUCCUUGGCACCCGCCGCCCCGCGGGGCGCCCCCUUCUCCACCCUGGCCUCUCUGCGGGAGGCACAAGCGAUGUGGCACCACAUUCUCACCUGGAAACUCCAAACUCUUUUAGAAAAAUAAAUAUUUAUAGACCUCUUUUAGAUAUUUUAAUAAAGGAUCCUUUGGAAUUUAU